CCUCUGGUUUAAGUGGGGCUUUCGAAAAACCCUUAACUUCGCAAAAGGUAGUGUUGCAUUGCCAUCUCUUCUGGGCCUUUGACUGAAAACAGCAUGUGUACAUACACACCCGAUGUAACCACGCCCACUUGAACAUCAGAAGAGGAUAACCAACCACAGAGAUGGCAACAACCACAGAGAUGGCAACGAACACAGACCAACUUAUAGAUAUCUCAGCUUCUCACACAUAAAGCACGCUUUCUUGACCCACGGCUUACUAACGGCGUGCUAUGUAACACCACGAUGUUGUGGAUCAUUACAUGGUUUUGAAAAGAACCAACUCACACAAAUAUGGUACGAAGGCGCCUCGCCAACCGGUAGGAGUGGAGAAAAGACUAUCCCUCCGCGGUCGGUCACACACACGUACACAUGUGUUAACGGCAGAACGGAAAUGAACCAACCUGCUCCACGCGCAUGCGUGUAACUCAGCUGAGCUAGCUAGCUCUCUGGGAGGUAGUAGAUGGAUGAGGCCACUGCAAUUCGAUUGGUAAGCCAGUUUCUCUCAGAACGUGGCUUUACGUCUACUUUAAAGGCCCUUGAAAUCGAAAGUGGCAGAAAAUAUAUUCCCCUGGAAGAUCAUGAAGCUAAGAAAACUGGACAACUCCAAGCCAUAUUAGAUGACUAUACUUCGCGAAUGAAACAAAAACUGGCUCUGGAAGUGUCACCAACUCAUUUGUUCCAACGGGGACAGGGCGAACAUGCAAACAUGUUAUUGAAGUCCUUUGAAGAUGUAGGUGGUGGUGUCAACAUAUUGGUGGUUAGACUAAUAGAGAAUGGUGGUAUGCAGAAAAAUGAUGUAUGUGUGUAUGAAAAUGAGCUACUGCAUGCCUGUGCCUGUAAUAUAUCGCAAGAUCAAGGACUUGAUAUAUGUAACUAGCUAAGUGCAGGAGACGGGAGGGCAAGGGCAGACUACCUAAUGUACAGUGUACUAUGCAUGGGGGACAUAGUUUAGAACAGCUUAGCUGCUCAGUAUACAGGGUGUGAGCCCUGAGUGGGCUCAGUAGCCCUUUCAAACAGAACCGUGGCUUGUCAAUAGCAAGAGUGCACACUUGUUCAAUUAUAAGGAGAUAGAGCUGUACAUUUGCACUGAGGAUUGUUAAGUCUUCAAGUUAAAAAGUGUGAAUAUAGGGAUGCAUAAAAAGAAUGGAGACAAGACAGGGAUGACUAGUGCAUGUGAUGCAGUAGUACAAUGGAUGAUGGUUAUAUUAUCUUCAAUGGCACCAGUCUCUAUGCUGUUUGUGUGUAAAAAUUCUCGUGUUGUGUUGGUUAUAGCCACUAACACCAUUUAAAAGUGUUGUUUGCCUGAGGCUGUUUGUUGCUGUUUACAAACUUGUAACUUCUGCUUUGAUAAAAUUCUUAUCGUAGUAAUUAGUGUAUCAGGUUUCAAUGUUAAAGACCCACCAUAAGCAAGUUUUAUAAUAGGCGCAAACACAUAAGUUUUUUUUGCCUGAGCCUGUUUUGUUGUUUACAACCUUGUAAUAUCUGCUUCUAAGAACUCUUAUCAUGGUACAUUUGUGUACCAAGUUCUAUUGUUAAAGGACCCACCGUAAGCAAGUUAUAGGACAAACACAGUUUACAAGUUGUUUUUUUCCCUGAGCCUGUUGUUCUUUACUUGUACUUUUCGUUUGGGUGAAGUUUGAUCAUGGUACAUCAGUAUACCAAGUGUCAUCGUUAGAAAGCAAGUUAUAGUUACAUUUAAAAACUUAGUAUUUUCUGUAUUGAGCAACUCUUAUCAUGGUACAUCAGUGUACCAACAUUUUCACCAGGACCCAAAGCAAGUUAUAGACUUUUUAGAAGCCUUAAAAUACCGAUUAUGCCAUUUCUGAGGUACAGACUCUUUUUGACCAUACGAAUCAGACUGAUGUGUCAGAGGUGGGAUCUCAUUGAAACUGAAAGCGAAACGAACAAAUAUCAAAUGUAUGGGCAUAAUGCAGGACAUGGCGUGUCAUCCCUAUUUACUAAGUACUAUUGUACUUAGUGAUACACACAACUCAUGGAUAUAGAAUUUAAGUGGUGGUUGUAAUACUUCAUUAGUUCUGAUAUAUGGAGCUGCGAAGUCAUUGAUUGGUGUAGCAGAGUUGUCACUUCCUCUUACCUUCGAAAGACCUCCAGUUACCCCAAUUUUUACUGUGAGCACUUUCUGCAAAGGAGCUGUUUUGAGCCUUGAUGUACAUCCCAAAAAUCGGAAUUUAAUUGUUUGUGGAAGUAUGGACCGUCUAGCUUUCAUUCUCGACCUUUCAAAGGCAGAUGAAGAUAUGGUUAUUCAGAAAUUCGAAAGUCAUACCAAGUAUGUUGUGCGAGUGUUAUGGUCGAGCUCAGGAAAUUUUUUUAUCACAGCUUCGUAUGAUAAAACGAUAUGUGUGUAUAAACUAAGAAAUGAUGAAGUUGAACUCUAUGACAUUAUUCAGAAACUUCAUUUCAAAGGAGUAAUUGAGAGUUUAGCAUUUUGUAAGUGCCGUCAGAUGAACAUGAAUUCAAUUGGUGAUGACUACGUUAGCUUUGUUCCUAUGCACAUAUCUUUUGGUCCCAAUGGGCAUUUCAUGCUUAUAUCAACUGACCAAGACAGGCUCUUACUGUAUUCAUGGACCAAUGGAAAGCAGAUAGCUUGUUUUUAUGGUGCUACGAACGAUGAAUUAAGUCAACCAAGAAAUUGCUGGGAUCAUAGUGGAAAGUAUGUUUAUGGCACAUCCCAGGAUGGAUCUAUAGUUGUGUGGGAAAUCAGGUCACAGAGAAUUGUCUGUAAACUUGAAGGUCACAAUGCAACAGUGAGGGACCUUUUCUUCUGCAAUGAGCUAAAGUUGUUGGUUUCAUGUGGCUUUGAUGGAUCAAUUAAAUUGUGGCAAUCACAUUCACCGACAAGAGAAAUAUUGUAGAGUCAUAAACCAUAAUGUGUGACCACACUCACAUCACUUUUUAUCUGCUCAAAUAAAUGUUUAUACACUGUGUGUACAUGGUCAAAAAUGUAUCUGUUUGAUAUAGGACAUAAUUUUUUCAUGUAAUGACAAAAUUACAGUUGUUAAAAAACAGAUGGCUGUCCAGGCAAACUUUACCAUACUUCUUCCUCAGUUCGACCAAAUUUGAAAAUCAGUGUGCUGAGGAAAAUGAAGAGGUUCUGGAGAAAGAAAGCGAUCCCUUGCCACCAGUGAGGAAAGCCAGGUGGACAUGAGUUACCAGAGGACUGACUAAGUGAAGGAGAAGUAGUCACUGUCACUGUGCUGUUGCCUUCAUUUGUCGAGUGGCAGUCAUCAGUCACAGCUGGAACAAGAAACUCCUGCACCAGUAUCCACAGAGAUCCAAUCAAUCCUCCAAAUGCAAGAACAAACCCCACAAAUAGCCAGGCCCGGGCACCUUUUCUCCCAAGGCAUCCUUCUGUGUAUAAGUCUCCAGUAACCUGUCCGGUAGAAACAGCAUUGAUCCUCAAAAGUGCUAUAGUAGAAAAUAUUCCACAGAUGUGAAACGCUGCAUACACCGGCUCUGCCCUUUCAGCACAAGCAUCAAUUGCAAACCACCAUCCAACAGCAAACUGAAAGUUGAACAAUUGAGCACAACACUGACUGAUGUUAGACACAGCACACACACAAACCCAAGCACAUAGUGAGUAGGCCGACCGACCGGAAGGGAAGGCUAAACAGGCGUAUAUACCAGUGUUCCAGCGACUACCGAAGCGAUCAUGUUUCUCUUCGGCUUUAGCCAUUCCAGAGCCGGAUCUAGACAGCCACAUCUGCAAUUAAGUUUGUCUAAACAGCCACUCAUCUUCCCCCUGGUCAGAUCAAGCACAAAAGCUGGUCACCUAGGAUCGAUUACCACACAA